AGCUGAUGUAUUGUUAGGACACAAGUGAAAACAUAUAUAUAUAUUGAUUGCUGCGCAAUGUCAAAAUUAAUUUCAUACGCUGCUAAAAACACUUUGCGUAAUACGCGCCUUGGUGCAAAUCCAAUCUGUCAGCAUGCAACCAGAGAUUACAUGCACCUGGCUGCUGCGUCCGCGGCACGUAACACAUAUUCAACUCCGGCUGUCGGCUUUGCCAAACAGCCGGUACUCCGGCAGGCAGUGAACACAGUUGCGGUGAUGGGACAGAUUUCAAGGCGCAGCAUGUUUAUUCAGACACAGGACACACCGAACCCGGAGAGCCUUAAGUUUUUGCCCGGCGUUGAUGUGUUGGGCAAGGGAAAUACAUAUGACUUUCCUAGUGGCUCGGCGGCACAUUGUAGUCCAUUGGCCAAGCUACUGUUUCGUGUGGAAGGCGUACGUGCUGUAUUCUUUGGUGGAGAUUUCAUAACUAUAUCCAAGGAGGAAAGUGGAGAAUGGGGCCUCAUAAAACCGGAGGUUUUUGCUGUCAUUAUGGACUUCUUUGCCAGCGGCUUGCCCGUUAUACACGAGGCGCGUCCCAAUGCAGAUACAGAAAUUUUAGAGGAUGAUGAUGAGACGGUUAUGAUGAUUAAAGAGCUACUGGAUACGCGCAUACGACCGACCGUACAGGAGGAUGGCGGCGAUAUUGUUUUUAUGGGCUAUGAGAAUGGCAUUGUCAAAUUGAAAAUGCAGGGCUCGUGCUCAUCAUGCCCCAGUUCCAUUGUUACAUUGAAGAAUGGUGUACAGAAUAUGCUACAGUUCUAUAUACCAGAAGUGGAAUCCGUCGAACAGGUGUUUGAUGACGCUGACAAAAUGGCAAAUAAGGAAUUCGAGCGCUUUGAGAAGAGUUUAAUGCAAAAAGAGUCAGUUAAUCAACCAAAUGCGCCUGUCAACAUUGGUGGUGGUACACCAAAUUAAACGUGUUAUAAUUGUUUCUAUCUUUAGUAGGUUUAGAACUAUAUACAUAAACAUAUGUAAUAAUAUGUGUGCAUGUAUAUUUGCUUAAAUAAUGUACAGCCUUAAAACGAAUAUUUUGACCGUUA